AUUCAGUCAGUCGGGUCGAGCGAGCGUGGGAGGUCGGUACGGCGUCCGCCUCAAAAUUUAACGGCAUAAUGAAACUUUUAGUCCAUUUUCCUAUCACAUUCUGAGUCAAACAUUUAUAAAAACUUAACGACAGUGCUUACAUUGUUAUAUUCGUGCACUGGGGGUGAAAAUACCCACAAUGGCAGUAUAAUGUGUUAAAAUACUAGUGGCGGGAAACCGUUUUGAUAUCUCGCUUGACGUGUUGUGUCCUAUGUGUACGUAGAGCGAGAGGAGCCGUCUGCCCUAGAGGGCGGCCGACAUGCUGGAUUCGUCGUGAAUCGAUAUUUUUGGAACGUUGUAGAGCAGAAACCAUGAGCUUCGAGGCUCAAUAAAGGAGAGAGCAUGGAAAAUGCUCGGAGAGGUGAACAAUGACAGCAUGUCCCCGCCGCGAGCGAUGACCCUGCAGGGCGCCAAGGGUCGCGCAGUGGCCGCGGCGGCGGGGCGCGCCAGCCCGGGCCCCCGUGCACACUCCAUGCCAUAUUUUAUAGAAAAAAUCACGCUUAUUAGGCUAUGUCUACAAUAUCUUCGGUUGAUAUCAAGUUUAUAUCAAAAUGCCGACGCCUCCUUGCCGCGGGUGCGACUAAACUUUAAUUUUACAAAGCGUCCGCUAGUCAAAUUAAAAACUGGUGUGAAUAAUAUGUUUAGUUUUCGAACUAGAACAGUGUAUUGUGAUAUUAAAGCAUUGUUAGUGAAGACAAUAGUGCAAUUAUUCGUUGUUGCCAAGUGUGUUGUGUGGAGAUGGAGGUGUAGAGGCGGCGCGCGGCGGGCGCGGACGCUGCUGGUGCUGUGGCUGAGCGGCUGCGGCGGCGUCGGGUACAGCGAGGGCCGGCGCGACGGGGACCUCCAUAUUGGGGGCAUCUUCCCCAUGGAGGGCGAGGGCGGGUGGCAAGGCGGCCAGGCCUGCAAGCCCGCCGCCGAACUCGCUCUCGCCGAUGUCAACGCGCGCUCUGAUUUAUUGUCCGGCUUCAAAUUAUACAUUCACAGCAACGAUAGCAAGUGCGAGCCGGGCUUGGGGGCGAGCGUUAUGUACAACCUGCUGUACAACCCGCCUCAGAAGCUGCUGCUCCUAGCUGGCUGUUCCACCGUGUGCACCACCGUCGCCGAAGCCGCCAAGAUGUGGAACCUCAUGGUUUUGUGCUACGGCGCGUCAUCGCCGGCGCUCUCAGACCGCGCGCGCUUUCCAACGCUGUUCCGCACGCAUCCAUCGGCCACAGUUCACAACCCCACGCGGAUCAAGCUCAUGCAGAAGUUCGGCUGGUCGAGAAUCGCCAUCUUGCAGCAAGCGGAGGAAGUCUUCAUUUCGACUGUGGAAGACUUGGAGGCGCACUGUAAGAAGGCGGGCAUCGAGAUCGUCACGCGGCAAUCAUUCCUAUCAGACCCAGCCGACGCGGUGCGUAACCUGCGGCGACAAGACGCUCGAGUUAUCGUCGGCUUGUUCUACGUAGUCGCGGCGCGGCGCGUGCUGUGUGAAGUCUACAAACAUCGAUUAUAUGGAAAAUCUUAUGUCUGGUUUUUUAUUGGUUGGUAUGAAGAUAACUGGUUCGAGACGAACUUGGAGAAAGAAGGCAUCGAUUGCUCACCAGAACAGAUGCGGGAGGCAGCUGAGGGUCACUUAACUACGGAGGCUCUCAUGUGGAACCAGAACUCUAACCAAACUACCAUCUCUGGAAUGACGUCGGAAGAUUUUCGAUCGCGACUGAACGAGGCUUUACGCGAAGCUGGCUACGACAUCGACGGCGAGAGAUAUCCCGAGGGUUAUCAAGAGGCACCCCUGGCCUACGACGCAGUUUGGGCAGUCGCCUUGGCUUUCAACAAAACUAUGGAGAAGCUGGAGAAAAGCGGGCUAAGUUUGAAGAACUUCACAUACACGAACAAGAAGAUUGCCGAUGACAUUUACGAGGCAAUAAACUCCACUUCAUUCCUCGGUGUAUCGGGUUUAGUGGCCUUCUCGUCCCAAGGCGACCGCAUAGCGUUGACUCAAAUAGAACAGCUGACUGAUAACCACUACGUAAAGCUUGGCUACUAUGACACACAGGCUGACAAUCUCACCUGGCUGGAAAGGGAACGGUGGGUCGGUGGGAAGGUGCCCCCCGACCGCACGGUGGUAGUUAACGAGCUCCGGACGGUAUCUCUGCCGCUUUUUGCGUGCAUGACCGCGCUCUGCAUCGCCGGCAUCCUCGCCGCCAUUGCACUAAUUGUCUUCAACAUCUUGCACAGACACCGGAGGGUGAUCCAGUGGUCGCACCCGGCGUGUAAUACGGUCAUGCUGUGUGGGUGUUGUAUCUGCCUGAGCGCGGCCAUCGCGCUGGGCGUGGACGGGCGCUGGGUGACGCCGCAGCACUUCUCCGGGCUGUGCGCGGCUCGCGCCUGGCUGCUCGCCACCGGCUUCUCUAUGGCAUACGGCGCCAUGUUCACCAAAGUAUGGCGAGUGCACCGCCACACCACUAAACCUAAAGUCGAAACAAAGAAAAAGCGCAUCCACGGCUGGAAACUCUACACGAUGGUAGGAGGCCUACUAGUGGUGGACGUGGCUCUCCUGACCGCGUGGCAGCUCCGAGACCCCCUAGAGCGGCGCGUUGAGACGUUCCCAUUGGAGGCCCCGAGGCACCACGACGAUGAUGUUCAUAUACGGCCCGAGUUGGAGCAUUGUGAGAGCAAACACAACACUGUUUGGCUUGGUGUCAUGUACGGAUACAAGGGCCUAGUACUAGUAUUUGGCCUGUUCCUGGCUUACGAGACGCGAUCAGUGAAGGUUCGUCAGAUCAACGACUCGCGCUACGUCGGCAUGAGUAUAUACAACGUGGUGGUGCUGUGCCUCAUCACGGCUCCAGUGACCCUCGUCAUCGCCAGUCAACAGGACGCGGCCUUCGCCUUCGUGUCAUUAGCCAUCGUCUUCUGCUGUUUCCUCAGCAUGGCACUGAUUUUUAUUCCUAAGGUGAUCGAGGUGAUCCGUCACCCGACGGAGCGCGCGGAGAGCGGCCGGGGCUCCGGUUCGGGCUCCGCGCCCGCCGACGAGGAGCGCUACCGGGAACUAGUCAAAGAAAACGAAGAAUUGCAGAAACUCAUCGCACAGAAGGAGGAGCGGAUCCGGGUGCUGAAGCAGAAGCUGGCGGAGCGCGAGGCGGCGGCGGCGGGCGUGACGCAAGGUACGGGCGGCGGCGUGCUGGCCGACCUCGCCACCGCCACCUCCGACUAUGGCACCUCCACCAACUACACGCGCUCCUCGCGCGCCUCCGUCUCUGACCUAGACUUCUCUGAGAGCUACCUCUAACUCCUCACACCCCCCAGCUCUCUCAGACACACCGCUCUAAUCGUUUCAACUCUUACAUUUGUUUCAGCCCUCUUAAUAUAGCAGAAAAAACACGAUGUUAAUAACAAACUUGUAUCUCAACCUGUAUCUAUUUCCUCGUGUUCUUAUUUUUGAUAUACUAUAACUAUAAUAAGAUAACCCUGAACUCUCGUAUAAAUAAAAAAGCACACCCUACCUCCGAAUCCCGUCUACACCCUUAUCGCUAACUAGUUAACAUUAGGUUUUUAAAUGGCCUAUAAAGUCGGCCUAUUGAAACGCACGCCUGCUGAAAGUAAUAAGUGGACUCGAUUAAUUGAAUUUCAUUGGAGACGGCUCACUUCGGUGACGGGAAUACAUUCCAAUGGCGAUGAGAUUAGUCAAUCGCCGGCGGAAUCACACUCGACCCUCAUUACACCCGGCGGAGCUGGUCAUUAGGCGCGCGGCCGGUGUGUGCCGACCGCCGGCCGCACCUCGAACCGUAUUUAAUCAUUAUGCUUCGGUAGCCCGAGAUGCGCCACUGUACUCUCUGCCCGACAUUUCUCCUGCACCACCUAACAAUGCUCACUACUGAAAUGGCAGUCUCAGUAACUUGAACUCCCUUUGAUAUUUGUUUCUUGUGUAAUCAUUUUUAAUUGGAAUAUUAAAACCUUUUUGGUUGAUGAUUAGUUGAUUACGUUCACACAUAUGGUCAAACCACCUGUCUGAAUAAUAAAGUCAUUAGUAUUACCUACCUAUGAUUACCUAUCUAGUGAUUACUUUAAUCCCUGGUCUGACUUAAAGAAGAACUGAUUGCGAUUCCGCGUUCCUUCAGUCUGUUUACAUUUAAAAUUAUUGAAUAAACGUUAAACCAUAAAACCCUUUUUUCGAGUGUAUUGUGAGCGUCAUUAAAUCACAAUGGCUCCAUUAAUAAUGGACGUGACGUACCCUGUGUCAGUGAUUGAACAUUCUAACGUUAUGUGCGAUAUUGAUGCAUUGUUAUUGCAAUUUAAUGUUUAUCUUGAUAAGCAUAUUUUACCCAAAAUUUUGCCCAACAUUAUGUCCAAUCGCCAACAUUUCAUUUAUGGUCGCAUAAUCAUUUGAUUGAUGAAUAACAACUAAAACUGUUUAAUUCGUCUAUUCUAUUCACACAUGCGAACAUAUUUGAAAUAUGGAAUACCUAACCCUGCGUUAGGCCGCAGUCUGAUCCACGAAAUGUAAAUUAAAUAAUAUAUUUUACUACCGUAUACCCAACAUCGAGUAUAUAGCGUAUUUAUAUAUUUUAAAUGAUAAUGUUAGAUAUCGAGAUCACGUAGAACCCGCGUCGUCACAGUUGCCGGCGUCAGACCGCGGCCUGAGCUGUACUCUACCUCACACGUACUGUUACGAUUGCACGUGUCUUUACAUCUAAACAACCUAUCUACUAUUCCUACUAGACUGAUUUAGUGGUACUCUUAGCUUUAUGAGGUUUACUCAUAAAUUGUUUCUACAUAUUCAAUUGUAAGUUACGAUUUGUAGAUGUUACUCUCUAACAAUCCAUUAGGCUAUUAGUUAUUAGUGUUAAUUUGUGUCUCUACAGACGAGAACCUAUAGCAUUAAGUAACGCUACAACGAUUGUUCUUUAUGCAUUUUUGAGUAUAAAAAGAUAAUACUAACACGAUAUUUCUUCAAAUUGACACAUUUCUAUUUUAUUGGCACAAAUAUCUAGAUAGCUUUAGCCUCAUAUUAACGUUGACAAAUUUCAUUCCUUUAUGUAAAAGUUGGUUUAAUAGAGAAUAAGUAUAAUAAUGUCCAUUUUUUUGUUCUCAUGUUCAAAUUUUAUUGCAUAAUUUACAUAAUGCGUAGCUUUUGGAAUUCAUGCAGUCAAAUCUCGUUAUGAUGCACUUGUUAAAUUUAUUUGAUGUUAAAACUGAUCUGUUCGGUAAUAUUGUUGAGAAGACAUGGUUAGGGCACACGAUAGUCUGUUUUGGGGAGAAAAAGACCAUUUAAAGGAAGAGUAAGAGAGGCGAGCUCGGUGCACAUAGGUACGUAGCCGCAGCCCUCUCCCACUAGUGACGUAAGUAGUUUGAAGAUGUUGUCCGAGCCCGUAGUUCCCCUGUUGUCACCCAGAGAUGCAUGUCACCCACACACACUGCACUCCGGUCUCCGGCCCUCUAUACUUGGUGCUUGUUUGUGCUUUAUAACGUCCAGUUCCCCGUAGUCAUGUUCAGCACUACCCCAGUCUAAUUAAUAUAAAAUAAUAACUUUCACGUCUAUUUUAUACCUUUCUAUCCCUCUGGAAUACACCCCUAUUAAAACACAUAAUGUUCCACACAGCACUCUAUUGAUUUACAUUGCCGUAUCCGAGUUUAAUGUGUAACAUUAGGUAUUAAAUAUGUAUAUAGUAGGUAAAUGAUAGUAGGUGUUGGACUUGGUAUAGGCUGACUAACGAGAUUUCCUUGCAUGAAUGUUUGAUAUGGUUGUUUUGUUUUAUGUAAAUUGCGCUUAUAUUUGUAUUUAUCUGAAUAUUUUACGGUGAAAAGAGUCCGAAUGACAAUAAACUGAAAAUUUAUGACAACAAAAGAAGGAAAACUGUAUUUAUUCGUAAUCGUUUCAUCUUCAUUUAUUCUUUUAGUUUUGGUAAGAUAAUAGAGAUCUCAAGAACAUUUCUAACUCACCUCGAACAAUCUUUUCUUCCGUCACCGAAACUUCUUGACCUUACAAAAGUUUUUUUCCAAUAUUCUAACUCCUUACAAACUUAUUGCUAAAAUGAAAUAUAUUCUAAUAUCGCUUUGAUGUUUCUUUUGUUUGCUUUCUUACAAGCUUAAUGUACCUGCUAGGUAUCUUGUAGACUUGAAUAUAUGGGUAAUGGAAUUUGUAUAUCAUCAGUCUAUGUGUGCUAUUUCGUAAAUGCAGAUUACUUUGUAUUUUCUAAAAGAUAUUGGUACUGCAGACAUUCUAGAUAUUGGUCAGCAAAUGCAAGUAGCAGAACCACAAACAUCGGAUGCUGCGGUUACGAAAUACUGCACGUAGAGGAAGAUAUAUACUUUAAUAACUAAAUGAUCUUUUUCUCUCUCGGCAGAUGUACAGGACGAACACAUCUGAUCGCAAGGCAAUCUUCGAUAGAAAUAUUAGAUUAAUAGCUGAAUUUCAUGUUGAAUAGAACUCUCAUGGCGCCGUAGUGAAUUUCUUUUAUAUUGAUAAGAAAUAAAAGUGUUCUUAUAUUGUUAGUUAAACUGGACUAAGUGCAUAACGUUCGCGAUGGAACGUUGAACGCGCAGAACUAACCUAGCUAAUCAAUUACUAUUAUAUACAGUGCCGGAAGGUACUCAUUGUUUCGUUCUAAGUUAUGUGUAGGUGAUUCUACAUAGUGUGCACGGUUUACGAGACACGACAUACAUGUGAACAUACUUGUUGAUAAAUAGUUGAAUGUAAUUGAUCGUUGCUCAGUGUAUAAUAGAAUGAAAGUAAUGUUAACAUUCAGAUAAAGUCACAGAAAUAUCCUCGAAAUCAAAGACUUUGAUGUACCGUCUGUCUAUGAUUUGAUAUAGAUGUUAAACAAAAUUAAAUAAAAAAAGAAACCUUAAA